GUAGUAGUUUCUCGCUGGGACACCGAAAACCAAACACGCAAUUUGUGUGUUUUGUCCGCUAAAAAAUCCUUUCUCCGACGAAGCCGUGCCGCGUUGUAAAGUGAACGAUUGUCAGCGAACGUGGUGGUAGCUGGACGGGAAGGUGUUUAGCAGGCAGAAGAAAGUGCCAGCAAGUGGCGAACAUCGAAACAAUUGCAAAACGAAAACACUCUAAUCCAAGUAGGGCUGCGUGCGUGCGUGCGGGUGUUCUAUGUUGUGCUGUAAUCGAUGGUUGAUGGUCAGAGGAGGAAAAGAUAUCCGCGAACCCUGUGCGAGCGUGCGUGCGUGUGUGUGUGUGUGGGGACGAAAAACGGCAAGAGACAGACAGACGGUCGCCAGCGCUGAAAGGGUGGCAGUGAGGGAGUGUAGUGGUGUAGUGGGGCCGCAGUGGUGGCAGCGGAGGGAAAAACUGGCCGAUUGUUCUUGGCCCAAGAUUGGGGCAAGGUUUAUGGAGCAGCGAAAGUGAACGGCCCGAACCUGCGUUGAACCUGUGGAAAGUGCAAUUUUCCAACCCAAGUGGUUCCAUUGGUCAGUGGGUUUUUUACAUGCAUGCAUGUGUCUGUGUGUCGGUAGGGGCAGUUUGCUGUGGGGGAAAACCUUGCAUCACGGUUUUUGUUGGGAAAACCCCGUGCAUCGGUAGGCAGAAAGGUGGUGAAAGAAUGUUCUGGUCCACUCGCGCCGUGUUGCCGAUAAUGAAAUACUCGACAUUCGUCAUUGGGACUGCAUUGUAAAUGAGCAAGUAACCGAUUCCGAUGUGGGUGGCGUUGGCGGGCAUUGCAUAAUUCUUACCAGCUGUUGUGAAUUGCGAUAGGAAUUGCGCGUACGCUAACGUUGUGCAGCAGUGCAACGCAUCACUACAGUUCCUUCCCAACGCCACGCGCACAAGUUCUCGGCACAAGAUCACACAACGGUAGCAAGAUCACGCAGGGCGCAGGGUGGCCAAAAAAACAGCGAGCUGCGUUUGUUUACUGAGGUUCAAUCUGUUUGGUACGCGUGAAUGAGUAAAGUGUUUGAAUUGCAGCAGGGGGGAAAAACGAUCGUUUAUCGGUGUGGUGGGUCAGGUUGGUUAGUUAAGCUUUCGUUUGAUUGAGCCAAGCUGUGGUUAGUUGGGAAGGGUGUGAAGCAGUGCAAUCGUUUGCUUCAUUAGUGCGUGUUGGGUGAUCGCGUUUAAAGAACAAACCAUCAAUCAAUCAGCAGUCGAAUGUUCUUGAAGUGGGAAAGGCUUAAGGUCGAUGUGGUUGUAACGGAGAACGAAUGUGACAGCGAAUGAGGCUCAAUAAAUGCUAACAGAUUUCCAAUUAUAACGCAGCACUAGACAGUCACUAGUAUUCUGUAUUGCAAGCAGAAGGAGACGACGAAAGGGCGUAAGCAUAGCAUAACAGCAGCCAUACAACAGUCGGUCGAACAGAGGCCUAUAACGGACGAAAGUAAAAUACCAGCAUUUUGCGUCACUAUUUCACGUUAGCGCUUAAUUUACUACAGUCUGCUAGCUGUGUGUCCUUUUCGGGACUUCUGGAAGAGUUGUUUGCGGAUUAAGUGAAAAAGAAAGACAAACGCAAACAUUCUAACGGCUCUACCGACCGUACAGAGCGUGUGUGUGAUCUUCAAUGUCUGUAUGAGCUGCAUGUCGAUCGUAGUGUACACUGGCCGAGUGUUGCCUAGAGACGGGUUUAUAACAGCAGCGUACUUUAGCUAACGAAGCGUGCCCUUUUUCGUUGUUGGUGUUGGUGGUGUAAGAUUAGUUAAAGAAAAAAUCUUAUCGAAAACCUCUGGACGCCAUUAAGCUCAACAAUAAUACGUUCCUAAGACGUACGAAGAUCUCCGGACCACUAUCGAAGGACCCUGCUCAUCCAUCCUAUUUUUUAUCCUGCCAAAAGCAGCGCCAGGGCAGGAAAGACGAAUGCGAAUAACGUUCCUGUUCGAUCUACUAUUCCAGCAGGAGCAGCUUGGGAGUUGGUGGUUGUGGUCGUUGUGGUGGUGGUUUUGGAACUCGAGCAAAAGCCUGAUCGGCCGCUCGGCACCGGCGAUCGGCGGAAGCGUCUGGUGCGACUGGCACCGUCCCCUUUCAGUUCGCCCGUACCGUUUCUCGUCUGCACCAGUCACCCGUACCGUUUCCGGAACCCUGGAAUCCAAUCAAGAAAACGAUCCUACCCAGGAGGCGGCCAACGGAGGGCACGCGAACGGGCAAUCAUCAUCGGCGUCCUCUUCGUCGUCCGGUAGUGGCACAAUGGUGAAAACGUUCCAGGCCUACCUACCGCCAACGAACCGAACGUACUCCUGCGUCCACUGCAGGGCACACCUAGCUAGUCACGAUGAGCUUAUAUCGAAAUCGUUCCAGGGCAGCCAGGGACGGGCGUAUCUGUUCAACUCGGUGGUUAACGUAGCCUGUGGACAGGCCGAAGAGCGUGUGCUACUGACAGGCCUGCAUGCCGUGGCCGACAUUUACUGUGAAUGCUGCCGAACGCCGCUCGGCUGGAAAUAUGAACACGCGUUCGAGUCCAGCCAGAAGUAUAAGGAGGGCAAGUACAUCAUCGAGCUGGCGCACAUGAUCAAGGAGAAUGGUUGGGAUUGAUUUGCGUCGCCGGUGCGGCGCACCCGCACUAGCAGCAAUAGCAGCAGCAGCGGUGGCAGCUCAUCGGCGAUAAAUUAACCCCUUCUAAAAUGUGGAUACAGUUGCAAUUUUUUUUGCAAAUAGUCGUGUGGUAGUUCGGAGCCCUCGGAAGACCAACUUGCGUUCAGGUGUUUAAUCUCCCCCGAUAGUUUUCCAUCCCACUAAGUUGUUUGGAGGGUGAAAGGUUUCCGAUUCCGGUUUCAUCUGUGCACUGCUCUCUGUGUUCACUCGAGAAACGCACCCAGGGAACGCCCAGCUGGCUGGUACGGCUGGGUCAGAGGUCAAGAGAGCGUUUUACACAAACACACUCACUCACACACACAGUGACACUUUGUGAGAAAAGAGAAAGAUGGAGACGGCUAAGGACCGCACAAUCCCUCCGAGCGAUGAUAAUAUGUUUGCAACUACCCAAUCUAAUGUACCUUUAGUUCAGCGCGCUAGAUUCCACUGGCGGAGAUGAUUAGUCCUUACCUUCAGCUGCAUCUAGAAGUUUUACUAACGCUAGUUUUAUAAAGACGGUGUGAAAUGGGCGGAAUGUUGAUUUGGAAUCAAAAGCGAUUUCGUCACUUUUGAUUGCAUCAGUCCCGUUUCGUUCCUUGGGGAAGCUCGAUGGAAGCACGUGGGCGCGUACUCCCCAGAGAAAAGUUUCUAUCAAAAAUACUGCCCUUGCGUUUUUUGGAAGGUCGGAUGCCCCAGCCCCUCGUGAUAACCAAUACAACUCCUGCCUUGUUUGUCAUUGCGUCACACGCCUAUGACCGUCGGUUCCGUUUCAUGAGUGUGCGUGUCUCUAAGUGUGUGUGUAUUCUGAUAAUGAUUAGCAUGCACUUCGAGGUUGGGAAAGUUUUUUGCUUCUACGUUUUUUUUAAAUAUCAUUAGAACAUGAUUUGAAGAACAACAAAACCAACCAUGAAGAGACGGAAAGGAGAGCUCAGUUUGCAAGUGUAGGUUAAGCAGUGUGCGAAUGCAUGGUAUGUCUGCUAGGAGAUGCAAGGAAUAAUCGUACGGAAUGCGAGAGUGAUAUUAGAUUUAGAAGAAGACGGGAAUCCGUAAUGUGUGGAGAAGAGCAGAGCGCAAGGAAGAUACAGAAAUCAUUAAUCAUUUAAACACUGAACAAACUCAUAACAUACACAUAAGAUUAUUGAAAUCAGUAGCGGACGCCCGCGAUGCCUCGAUACUGAACGGCGUAGUAGGGUGAUUUGCAUCAAUCGUAUUUUAGUCGAAAUAUACAAAAAAGAAAACGCGAUUUAACGGUUAAGGCUUUAGUUUUUUAAAACAAACAGGUAUAAAAGAAAAACAUCCCCCACACUUUAAGCAGACACAACCGGCAACCCGGCUAUGCUGUGUGUAUGUGUGUGUGUGUGAGAGAGAGUGCGUGGAAGAUGCGAUAAGUGAAACAAGGGAAUGCAAGUGAUUGAGCGUGAUCGUGAUAGAUGAUAAGGACUCAAAAUACUAUGACAUUGGAUCGAGUAGCAAAGAACAAACAGAAACACAAAAUCAAAACCUUCAAAAUGCAAGUUAAAAAAAAACAGGCGAAGAAGGUAUUUCCUUUCGCACCCAUCCAAAAAGAAAAAAGAAAAACUAAAGAAGAAGACUAAAAAAGAAAUCGAAAAGAUAUAAAAAACAGGAAACAAAAACAAGACAAAACUAAACUGAAAACCAAAACCGAAAUCAAUCAACUCGGCAAUUUAGCGGAAUGGUGUAAAUCGUGCGUGGCUGUAUGGGCGUGUGAGUGCUUGUGCAAUAUGUCUGUGUGUUUGUGCGUGUAUGGGAAUGCGUAAUGAAGGCUGUAAAAGGAUAAAUGUCUACGGUAUGCGUGCGUGCUCUUACACUAACCUACCUAUCAGCUCUUAAAUUUUCGUUUUGGGUGAAACUGUUGUGUCCAUCAUCUUGCUAUCCUUUAAAACUGCGAAUGUGAUCUAAAUUUUUUCAAAUGGGUUAAAACGUCAUGUUUUGGAAAGGGGAAGCGUGAAAACAAUUGAAUAAUUACAACAAAAAAAAAUACAAAAAAAUUGUGAAAGAUCGCCGGCCGUGUCAGCUGUCCCUAUAGAACAAGAAGAGCAGUAAAAGUGUGAGCACAUUGUCAGCAACGUUAAUUUCCUUAAGUUCACGAUAGCCUAACAAAGUAUCAGAACAAAAAAAACGAAACAUUCAAACAGUACGUAGCAAAACUGGCGCAUGGGUUGCAAUGGAAGCAUGAGAGAGAUGAGAGAAAAUGAAAAAAAAAACAAAACAAAAACCUACUGCCAAUAGAACCAAUACAAAAUACGGAAGGAUUAAGUGAACUGGAGAACCACACGAAGCAGAAACAUAAAACCAAUGGACAAAACGAACAUAACCGCCUAAAUAAUAAGUGACGAGACGCUUUCCAGCUCGUCCAGAAUGGGGCAGGCGGGUUCGAUCAAUCGAAGCGAUCGGAUUCGCUCCCUCCCGGCGCAUCGAACGACGACGCGUUUGGGCAGCAAAAAUAGCAAAUAUUAAUGUAGCUUUCCUUUCUGUCCCUAGCGAUAAUAUGCAAAGGCUUCGAGCGAAAGCGCCUGAUGCACAUUGCGUAGUGUAGUUUUGGUAGCCAAUUCUGUAACCUUCAAAGUGAUCUCUUGUGGAAGCUUUCGGUUUGAACGUGUUUCUCUAUGCUGAAAUGAUUGUUUUUCCCUUUUUCCCUGCCUUUUUUCUUUUAUUUGUUAUAAUUCUAAUCAUUCAUUAUACUUUUUUUAUCUUUUUGUUUUAUCUUUUUACCCACUAUUUCCACAACUGUUGGCGACGAAAGGAAACUUUAUUUUAAAUUUGUAAGGCUUUUUACUUUCCUUAAACAAAAAAAGUGAUUUGAAUAAUGUGAUGUGAUGUGUGAUGCGAGCGAAACGUAUGAAUCAUCGGUGUGUGAUGCUGAAUGGUGGCUGUAUGCGAGUUAAAACAUGACGUUUUGUGAAAGGAAGCGAUGAAUGAAUGCGAAAUGAGUGGCAAACUGUAAUGCAAUUCCUACGAUUUUUGUAUUUGACACAAGAAAAGUAGCUUUUAUAUUACUAUUAAUUAUGUUGCUAUGCACGUUUCAUUAAAAAAAAACAGAAAUACUUUCUAGAAAAAGCUACUUGAGCUUAUAAAACAGAUGAGGUAAAAAAAAUCAGUUGAUAAUAAAAGCGGCAGCUUUUGUUUGCACUUUCACUGUUAAGUCAAAAAGGGUUUCCUUUUCCAGUACACUUACCAUCGCUAUCAUAAACAGCGCGAAGGACAGAGUGAUUUGAAACGAAAAAAAAAAUGAAGCGCGACGAGUGAGCGAGACGAAAGAGGCAAAAGAGAAGGAUAAAGUUCCGGAAACAUCUAUUUUAUAACAUUUACUUUCAGUGGUUUCACAUUUGUUAACUUUUUCGGGACUGUUUGCGGUGUUUGCAACGUGCAAGAAAAGGAUAAAAGAUAAAAAGAAACAGAAACGAUUAGUAAGUGGAACGGGAUGAUGAACGAGUCUAUUUCUUUGCAGUAAUUGAGCGAUGAUUGAACAAAAAGGAAAAAAAAAAAAGAAAUGAAAAGUGAUCGAAACUAUACGCUAAAAAAACACAUACACGAAAAAUAGUAGAAUAAGUGUAAAA